AUCGAGUACUACCAGAAAAGGAAAUGUAUAUGCGUGGAGGAUACGGCGAAGCCUGUUGUCUCGUCAAAAAGUUUCAGAACGCUUACUCAAAUCACGACUAUGGAUUAAAGCAUAUCGCCCUGGUUGGUUGUUCGGUUUUCGCGGUAAAUUCCGUUCAAUCCAAUUCCGAAGAAGUUGUAACGGGUCGUAAUGACGAUAUCGAGUUUACCAGAGAAGGAGAUGUUUAUGCGUGGAGGAAACUGCGUCUCGAAAAAAAAAAGUUUCAGAACGCUCGUUCAAACCACUACUUUGGAUUAAACAUAUCGUCCAAAUGUACGCUGGUUGGUUGUUCAGUUAAUAGGUGUUCGAAAGAAGAAGUUGUAACGGGUCGUGAUGGGAGAGAUCGAAUAGCUCUCGAAAUUCUUGGGAUAGGGAAGUGUUCGGCAUUAUUGAACGGAAAACGUUGUUGGAAAUCAUCUCUUCAAUUGGAAUUCGACUCGGUCGAAAAUAUUCGUAGUCUUGUUGUUAGUUCAGUGAAAGGGUCUGUUCGUAGGAAGAUAGCUCCGUUGUUAGUGUUGGACGAAGGUGG